UAACGACAGCAGCCGUGAAGCUCCAGGCUCGCCGCUGAACUCAUUGUGAUGUGUAACAUUUCUCACAUCGGGAAACUCGCUGCUCGCCUCCUUUGGUAGCGACAGUCUGCGGUAUCUACACGGAUUCAGGCGCUUCAGUAACUUUUUAAUUCGAAGGGAAACUGGAUGUUUAGCCCAUCGAGCUCGCUAAUGGCUCCCACAUCAAACAACCCGAGCUAACGCAGCCUGCUAGCGGCGUUAGCUGCUGGUUUUCAGGUUUCAAAGUCUUGACCCCAGUCUUCCCCACUCAAGAGUGUUGCUUCACCUCGGAGACUAAAUGCAACUGGACCAGGGGUCUUGUGGGCAUGAAGUGGCUGGGCGAAUCCAAGAACAUGGUAUUAAAUGGCAGACGACAUGGAAACAAGUUGACUGGCGAGCAGCCUGUGAACCAGAGCCAGACUCGCUCUCAGCAUCCACAGCGUGCAUCCCUGCGCCACAACAAGAGCCACCCCAGAAACCGAAGAUGUAGCCGCAGAUUUAAUGCUGCCAGUCUGGAGGCAGAGAGGCGCUAUGUGCCCUCCUCGGGAAUGACUGCCAAGGAGUUGUGUGAGAAUGAUGAUCUGACCACGAGCCUCAUCUUGGAUCCAUAUCUGGGCUUUCAGACUCACAAAAUGAACACCAGAUUUCGACCUAUCAAGGGAAGGCAAGAGGAGCUGAAAGAGAUAAUUGAGCGCUUCAAGAAACAUGACAACUUGGAAAAAGCUUUCAAAGCUUUGACAUCAGGAGACUGGGCUCGAAAUAUAUUUCUCCACAAGACGAAGGCUCAAGAAAAGCUCUUCAAGCAGCAUGUAUUUGUGUAUCUGCGCAUGUUUGCCACAGACAGUGGGUUUGAGAUUCUUCCUUGUAACCGUUACUCUUCCGAGCAAAACGGAGCUAAAAUUGUGGCAACAAAGGAAUGGAAAAGAAAUGAUAAGAUUGAGUACUUGGUGGGAUGCAUUGCUGAGCUCUCAGAGAGCGAGGAGAACUUGCUGCUCCGGCAUGGAGAGAAUGACUUCAGUGUUAUGUACUCGACCCGCAAGAACUGUGCGCAGCUGUGGCUUGGACCAGCUGCAUUCAUCAAUCAUGAUUGUCGGCCAAACUGCAAGUUUGUGUCGACAGGUCGGGACACGGCUUGCGUGAAGGUUUUGAGGGACAUCGAGCCAGGAGAAGAAAUUUCGUGCUACUAUGGAGAUGGUUUUUUUGGGGAAAAUAAUGAAUUUUGUGAAUGCUAUACAUGUGAAAGGCGGGGUACUGGUGCUUUCAAAUCCAAAGCUGGACUACCGGUGGAAGUGCCGGUGAUCAACAGCAAGUACGGGUUGCGGGAGACGGACAAGCGCCUCAACAGGCUGAAGAAGCUAGGGGAGGGAAACAGGAGCUCAGACAGUCACUCUGUAGGCUCGCACACCGAUGUAGACUCUCAGGAAAUGCCAAAAACACAUCAAUCUGCCAGAAAAAGAACAUCAUCAUCAUCGUCAUCAUCAUCUGGCCUAAAGUAUAAAAACAGGACUCAAACCAGACAGACUUUGUCAAGAGCCCUUACUACCUCAUGUUCAAAACAAGGUCGUGUAAACAGUAACAGGGUACCAAAGAGACUAAGAUCCCAAUCCAAGCCUUCACUAAAUAAAGUCCAGUUGCGGAGUCGCAGGAGGGUUUCAGAGCCCAAGGCGCUGGCCAAAGGAGAGACCUGCCAGCUGGGUUUCAGGGACUCAAAGAUGUCGUCGUGUAAAGGUGUCACUGUAAAGAAGGAGAAGGAUGGACAGGAGCUGGUGCAGCAGACACUGGGCCAGCGGGGUUGUCUGACCCGUCAUACUUCCAAGGAAAAUGGCCACCUCCCAGCUGUGCCGAGCAGUGAAGGCAGCCAGUGUUUGAUGUACAGAACUCGCAGGUCCGCAAGGACCCUUGUAAAAGCCCAGGAAACAGCAUCUGGUGUAAAGCUGGAGCCCAGCGCCAUGGAUGGCUUGAGCCCAGUCCCUGGUGGAGUGGUUAUCAAAACAGAACCAGCUGACAUGGAGGAGUACCUCCGCCAUGGAGUCGAGCUGGAGCAUCCACCAUUAGAUGCUGUCUGUGCCAGAAGAGGCUCACGCACCAGACAGAAACGGCCGGCACGGCUCAGGACUGAGCGGACAAUUAAAUGCGAGGACACGUAUGGUGAGCCGUUCAUGCCAGUGGUUGGCAGCCAUGCCACAAACUUCUCGGAUUGUGGUAAUAUGCUUUUGAACUUUGCUGACCGACAGAGGGACUACAGUUGCGUCACCCACGGCAGCAAACCACUUCACAGGGACAAGGGGAAGACUGGCUACCGGUCUCAGGACAAGGGGAAGAAGAAGCGUCGGAUCACGCGAUAUGAUGCUCAGCUGAUCCUGGAGAACAACACAGGCAUCCCUAAACUGACACUCCGCCGGCGGAGGGACAGCAGCAGUAGCAAGACCACUGACCCCAAUGACCCUAUUGGCUCCUCCCACCUUUCUGCCUCUACAGUCAGUUCACCCUCUUCCAGCAAAAUCAGCAUCAAAUUCAGCAAGGAUCAUGACAAGGACAAAGGCAGCUCCUACAUUGCCAAACUGAAUAAUGGCUUUGCCCCUGUGGUCCACAGUAACUCCACCAAGCUGAAAAUCCAGUUGAAGCGGGAGGAUGAUGCACGGAGACUAUCCCAGACAAAGGUGGACCAGAUUUCCUAUAAUGGGGACUUGGGUCAAAGUCUGGAGACCAGGAAUGGUGGACAUAGGACCCAAAAGGUCCUGGCAGACCCCUCGUCUGACGAUGACGACAAGGAAGGGGAGGAUGACGAUGAUUACUUCGAUAAUGAGUUUGAAGAUGAUUUCAUUCCACUUCCUCCAGCAAAGCGUCUUCGACUCAUCGUGGGUAAAGACUCCAUAGACAUUGAUAUCUCCUCCAGGAGGAGAGAGGAUCAGUCUCUGAGGCUCAAUGCAUAAGCUGCGGACUUUUCCCUGUAAAUAUAGACGACCUGCUAAUCAACUGUUGUGUUGAUGUAAAAGAAGUACAGUAAUUUAAAAAAACAAAAAAAAUGAGAAAUUGAACGUUAUUAGAGGGUGCUGUUAACUUAAAACAAAUCUGUUCUUCACUGAAGUGUCACUUUAUUUCAUAUUAAGACCAACUACACAAAAUAUUAACGAACAUUUUAUACACCAAGUCUAUCAUCUGUCUCUUGACAGGAAUUGUUCUCAUUUUUGGGAAUAAUCUGGCUGAAUCCUAAGUGAAAACAGAAUUUGUUUUAAGUUAAACCAUUCCUUUAAGUGAAUGCACUUGUUAUAUUCAUAAUGGACAUGGCUAUUGUAGAAAGUGUACAGUAUGGUGAUUAUCCCCUCUGUCUCAUAGGCAGGUAUUUUACUGAACUUUUGAUUUUUUUCUCUAGUUGGUAAGUUUCAAGUGGGAAACCACACUGAAUGAGUAGUGUGGAGUGGUUGGUCCAGAGGCAUUGUAACAUCAGCCAGACAGUCCUUUAGGGUUCAGGUGCCAUGUUCUCAUUAUUCCAGUAGUUUUCCUGGGAAAGAGCAUCUUGAUUUUUGUCUGAGCAUUAUUUAAGUUAAUCGUGUGCACAUUUGUAGAUUUGAAUUAUGUUGUUAAAUUUGGGCUAUCACAGGAGCAGUUUUUAUAUAUGGUAUGUUAUGUAGUAGAGCCUGACCGAUACUGAAUUUUUGGGUAACAGAAAAACUUGAUGAUCUUAUAUGAAUAGUAAGGUAGUUGUAUUGAAAGAGGGGCAUGAUUGAGUCCAAGAUGACAUGUCAGAUACUAGAGUUCUGCUAGUGGUAACUCGAUCGUGGCGCCAAAAGGAAGUUCAUCUCCACAGUGCCCAUCUUAUUUAGUUGCCCCCAUCAUAUCUUAAUGUUAUGCACUGCUAUAGCUGUUUUGACUGAGUGCCACUAGCUACCUGCAGAAUGUCACCUGAACUGAUUGAAGUUGUAGAACUGGACCUCUUGUCUGUGUUUUUGGAGUAUUUUAGUACAAAAACAAUACAGCUUCUUGAGCGAUUACUUAAUGUACUGUUUGAGAAGUCUGUUCUACAGGUUUAGGGUGUCAUAUUCCUGUAGUUUUGUUACGGAGUACUCUUUUGCAGGAAUAGGUGUAAUGCACCUUGCUACCAAACUAGCUAGCAUUAGCUGAUAACAGCACUCCACCCACUCAUCCUGAUAUGGCCACUUCUAGCUCCGAAAAAACAAACAAAAAGUGACCAAAAUGCAAAUGCCGAGGCUUUAAAAUAUGAGUUCACUAGUCAACUUUUAUAUUUAGUCUAUGGUAAUUCACAAAGUGGUUAUCAACUUACCAUGAAGGCACUCCGUGACUCCUCACCACCGUCUGUUCAGCUGUGAUGCUGCUCUGCUGCAAGUGCUAUGAGGAUCAUUUAAAACAUCAAAAUACAAAAUGGCAUUGGAGGUACUUCAGUGGACAAAGUGUGAUGUUACCUUUUCUAGAAUAUUCUAAACAUGUUUUCUGCAUUAUGUCCUUUUUAAAGUAAAUAUUUUGGGGCUUCUCAAACAGGAUGUGAGUACACAGGUUGGUCAGGCUCUGUUAUUCGUUGGAAACAACUGACGCAAAACAAGUAGUCAAACUUCAGCAACAAACAGCAUGCAUGUAUGUUUUCAUUGUUCACACACUGAGCACGUUUCUUUGCAGUGAAUUAAAUCAUCUGUAGUUUGCUCAGUGAUGUAAAUACAUGCGUCAAGCUGCAUAAUUUAAAAUGAGGUUUUAUAAUCCAUCAUGCAUUGAACCGAACUGUUUAAAGGCUUCAUUUCUGGAGCUACCCUGUAAUGGUAACAUGGCACACGUGGUAGUUCACGGUCAGUCAAAUCAACUUUUAAAGGCUACCUGUAUAUGCAUUUGAAACCUGAAAUGCUCAAAGUAAUGUACAGAAAGACUGGCUUCUGUCUCUCAGCUGAAUUAUGAUGUUCUUUUUCUCCACUCUCGCUCUGCAGUAUGAGAGUUUGUAGGAACAACAGAAGUGAUGUCCAUUGACACUAGAGUUUGCAGAGGAAGCUUUCACUGUUUCCGAUGUUCUUAGUGUAGAAUCAUGUUUUUUUUUUUUGUUUGUUUGUUUUUUUCCCCUGUGGUGCUACUUUAAUUUCCUUCCCACCUGUUUGAUUUUCUUUACUAUGUCAUAGCUGGUGGCAGCAUUAAUCUAGAAACACAGUGUGUCACUUGUAUGUGUAGUCACUCAAGUUUUUAGUUUCUUUUGCAGGAGCACAUAUACUUUCCAACAGCAUUAGGUGCCUUAAAGAGGAUUUUGACUAAAUUUCUUAUAUAGCUAAUCAAGGAAGAGUGUAAAUGCUAAGCCAUCUGCUUUCCCCAGAGAAACACUUCAUCAAGAGCCCACCGUCAGUCCUUCUGUAUAUUAUUUUCUUACUUGUGUGAAGUAAAUGAACAGACCAAGGGAUCAACUGAGACUGAAUGUUAAUCCUGUUUCUUGUGUUUAAUAUGUACUGUUGACAUCACCAGCAGCUAAUCACCAUUCUGACCAUGCUCAGUGUGGCCCCCAUACCCCCUCCUUUGGAUUUGUCCAUCCCACACUGUAAACUCUUCCAGGUGUUACCAUCUGUGUGGUCUUUGUCCAAUAGACAGCUGUCACAAUAACCAGCUGAUUCAAAAAGUAAAAGAAAAACAAACAUUAAACAAAUGUGAAUAGUUUGCGGUCAUUUUAGCGUGUUGCGUGGGUAGUGGGAAUCAUGUAAAGAGAAUUAAAAAUGGGCAGUGCAUAUAUUGUCCAAUAUGUAAAUCAUGUGAACACAUCUUGUACUUAUUUAACAGUUUUGAAUACUUGAAAACUAUAUAAAGUUUCUUUGUGACUCUU